UGAGGUUCCUAGCGAGCAGGUGCAAUGGUUAUUCGCUGCUUCAAUAUUACAGAAAGAAAUUGUGCAAAGAAAUUGUGGCUGGAGAGUUGAGGAGAGAGCAAUUUCAGCAUCAAAAAAAGACCAUUCUGACCUGGGAAGAGGGUCAGACCAUGGUACCCCAGGGACUGCAUGCUAACUGGCUUGGGUGGAGAAGCAAGCAGCAAAGGAUUGGCUAGCACAGGGAGGCAAUCAGAUGAAGCCGCUGGAGAGCCAGCGCUGUGAACAGCGCAGCGUUGCAAAGCUCCGGAGAAGGGAAAACACUGCUCCUGUCUGAGUGCCUGUGAAUGCAGACAGCUGUGUGCAUCGAAACCACACACGCUGCUCCAGUCCGCUUUUGUCUCAUCGCCUUCAGCACGGGUAGGGCUUCCGACAGUUUGUUCUCCGACUCAGGCACGCCGGUUGGAAGAAAGUUGGGCGAUGGCUUGGUGCUGGGAUACUGGCCACAAAUAGAUGAUUCAAAGGCAAGCAACAGUCUCUGAAAAGGCCGGUGCCUGAUGCUCUUCGCCAGCAGGACAUGCUGCGAACUGCAAGAGGAGGCUAAAAGGAGGUGAUCUCUCGGGAGCUGUGCAGCAUAUCCAGGCUAGGACAGAAAGAGCUGGGAAGUCCUUGAGGCCAUAUGCCCCAAGGCAGCGCCCCCGACAGAGAACAUACGGGGACACCGUGGAGUCAAACGCAAAGUGAUAGCCCGUGGCUGGUUCAGGACCAGACUUCCAGCUGGUGCCGGUCUCUUCCCAGGCAGUGGUGAGGAAUAUACUGCAGGGCAUGACUCUGCCCUCGCCAGGCUGGGGUGCACUAGGUGGCCCAGUAGGGCCAUUCUAUCGCUAGGGGGCUUACUGCUAUCUGGCUAGUCCUUCUGUGCCGGCUUCUGGCCCCGGAGCGCCACACUCGGGUUGGUGGCCAAUAGCAAAGGCAGGAAAAAAGCACAAGGGCAGGAGGGACAAAAACUCCUCUGAGAAUGUCCGACCAGGAGACGGAGGACUUUGAAGUGGACAAUCUGUCCGACACGUCCCGGAUGAUCCCCGGCCUCCCUCCGUACGACAUGGACGACCAACUUCUUCCCCUGGAGCCUCGGAGCACCUGCUGCUGCUGGGCUUGGACCCUGCUGGUCGUCGCCACAAACUCUCUGGUCUUCCUCGUGAACUUGCUCCUGGUGGUCGCCAUCUUUGCCGUCGUGCUGCUGCCGACGAUCGUGGUGGUGUACUUCGGCUUCCAGUGCCACUCCCGGGUGCUGCACUCCACUGCCUACUACUGCAAAACCGUCCUGGAUGACAACAGCUCCUCCGCCCUCAUCAUCCUCGGCUUCGUCAUCAUGUCCCCGCUCGUGGUGGUGGCCAUGGCUGUCUACUGCAGCCUGGCGCGGCGCCUCCGCCUCUUCCUCUGCUUCCAGCCCUAUGCCCGGGCCGUGUACAAGGGGGUGAGGUGGCGCUGGUACGAGGAGGGAGGCCUGUGCAGCUGCACCAAGGAGUGGAGCACUCAUGUCAAGGCCUGGGUCUGAGCUCGCUGUACCAGCUCCCCCGCCCCAGCCUUCUCCUGCCUCCAUUCUCCCCCGCCCUUUGGUAUCCCGAGAGUCCUGGCAGUCAUAGGCUCUCAGGGGCCAGAGGAAUGUAACUGGGUCUGGAACAGUCUCCCCUCCUGUCGCCGUGACCUGUCGCUCUCCCCCCACUGAUGGAAAGCCACAAAGCUUUGGGACUGCGGUGAGACGGGGCUUCUCCUUCCUGCUACUUGUGCAGGGCCAGGCAUGUCCCAGCUGGCACAGAGGAGCCAGGACUCGCAGACACAGAAAAGGGGGUAUUUUGCUGAGGCUGCUGGACGCAAUUCUCCCUGUGCCCAGCUGUGUGUGGCUUGGUAUCAGAACACCGGCACCCCCUGCAUCAUGGACUAGACCGAGCAAGGACAGAAGGGGCUGCUGACGGCACUACAGGGGCAGGAGAAAAUUAGCCAUGUGGUUAAAAAUAACACCCUGAUGCUGCAUCCUUUGUCCCAGAGAAGUGGCCCCCUCUAAAAUGCAUUCAGCCAAGAGGGGUCCAUUUCUCUCUCUCUCUCUCUCUCACUCACUC